AUGGAGAACGGCGAGGCUGGUUCCGAUAUAGCGGCGGAUCCUGCCCCGUCCAUAUUGCUGGCUGUUGCGGGGUUUGCCGCUCGGGCGACCUGGGUGGGCGGACUUCUUCUAAGUUGUCUGGUGGGGCUUCUCUGGUAUUUCCAGGAGAAGCUCCUGUUCUAUCCAGGUGUGCCUCAGGGGUUUGAAACACCUGACAAGAACCCUAAGGGACUCCGCAGCCCGGCCGAGCGAGGCUUACCUUUUGAAGAAUUAUGGGUGAAGACGGUUGACGGCGUGAAGCUACAUUGCUGGCUUAUCAAACAAAAGCUACCCCAAGUUGCGGCUCAUGCGCCAACUCUGAUUUUUUUUCAUGGAAACGCUGGAAACGUUGGGUUUCGGCUUCCGAAUGUUGAGCUUCUGUAUAAACACGUUGGUGUGAACGUUUUGCUUGUCUCAUACCGGGGGUAUGGCUACAGUGAAGGCUCUCCGACCGAAGCAGGCGUCUACAGAGAUGGGGAAGCAGCGUUGGACAUGCUGGUCGAGAAGCAAAAAGAACUGCAAAUUGACGCAAACAGGCUCUUUCUCUUUGGACGAAGCCUUGGUGGUGCUGUGGCGAUUGAUCUAGCAGUACAGAGAUCUCAUCAGAUUCGGGGCGUCAUUGUGGAGAACACCUUCACCUCUCUGAUCGACAUGAUCUUGAUCGUAUUUCCGUUUCUGCGGCCCUUCCAGCGUCUCGUGAGAGUUGUGCAGAGACUUUACAUGGAUAACGGAGAAAAAAUGAAGAGGCUACGGUUACCAAUCUUGUUCAUAAGCGGGAUGAAAGAUGAACUGGUGCCGUCCCGGCACAUGAAACAGCUCUUUGAGUGGUGCGCUUCUCCCUUGAAGGAGAAGGAAGAGGUGCCACUUGGAGGUCACAACGACACGUGGGAAUGGGCUAUCGGCGGCAAGAACUACUACGAACGCAUCGCGGCCUUUAUCCAGCAGGCACUGCAGUUCGAUGCAAAGCGCUCUCAGGAGCCUAGUGAAGACACCCUUCUUGGACAUGGCGGCCCCGAUUCAUCCUGCCGAGAUUCGGUCAAAGCACCAGCAUUGCAGGCUGGAGGGUCGUUGCCAGCAGAGAAAGGCGGUGAGCACGACCUUCCCCUAUCUGUCGCUCCCGGCGGAGCUGCAGUACUGCCAGCCGGACCUGUCUCUCAGAGCGCGCAUCGGGCACAUGGCCAGGACUCUCUUUCGCUCGGUUCCGUGGACUUACCGGCUGCACCGGUAGCCGCGCGUGAAGUGGUGGCAGCGGCAGCAGCAGCUGCCUCGUCUGCAGCGGUACACUAUGCGACCUCUGGUGCCUCUCGGUCUGACUCCGGAUCUGGAGGGCCGUCAGCAGGGGGGGUGGCGCACACCGAUGUUGGAAAUGAGGAAAUAGCAGCCGCUGGCACAGGGCAACGAGGAGAGACUACUGAGGGCUUGCGCCAGAGGGUGGCCGCUGCGACUUGUCAAGUAGAUGCGGAGCGAAGAAGGGAGAACUCUGAUUUUUGA